UGUCACCAUCUCCCCCACCAAGAUGGAUCCCGCUUCCCCCAACACCAUCCUCAUCUGCACCGCCAGGGGCUUUUACCCCCUGGAGAUCGAGAUCCAGUGGCUGAAGAAUGGGAAGCUGGAGGAGGAGGGCGUGGCCUUCGGGGAGGAGCUCCAGAAUGGAGACUGGACCUACCAGCUCCAAGUGAUGCUAGAGACCCAGCCCCAGCGGGGGGACGUCUACACUUGCCAGGUGGGGCAUGUCAGCCUGGAGGCCCCCAUCACCGUCCAGUGGGAGCCCCGUUCCUCCAGCUCUGCCAGGAGCAAACUCUGGACAGGGAUCAUGGGGGCCGUGAUAGGACUGACGUUCCUGGCUGUGGGGCUCUUCUCCUACCUGAAGAGCAAGAAAGCCACUCCCAUCCAACCUCCUGCAGCCCUCAUGAAUUAAUCCUGCUCUCUGAUGCAAAGGAUAUUUUUUUCUUUAGUAGCUGAUGAUUCUUUGUCCUGUUUGCAACCUCUGAGAAAUGGAGGCUGAAGGUGGCAGGUUGGGGGGAGGAAGAGGAUGGUAGCUUCCUAUGGGGGCCUCCUUUUCUUGCGAGGGAGGGGUGGAGACCCUCUAGAUUGUCCCCUGGGAUGCUGGGCCGACCUGUCCCUCUAGCCCCUUCAUCUCUCCUGGCUUUGAACCCACAGCAGCUUCAUCUACAUUUUUCUUCUGAUGAAUCACUUCCCUUCCCUUCGCUUUGCUAUGAAAGAAUAAACUUUAGAAGCAGUAAACCCUGGACUCC